CCGACCGUUUGCAUCCGCCCUCCUGCAUCCGUCAUCGCCACUCCUCUUCCUGCCGAAUACUCUUAUUUACAGAGGGUCAAGCCUAGGCGCAUCUCUGUUCGGCAUCCAGGCUAUGACGAAAACGACGUGCCGCUGCUAAGUUUAUAUGGGUUCGAUGAUGCUCAGGGAGGAUUAUAUUACGGCCUCUUGCACACUGCAUGUGCCAUAGUCGCUGACAAUAGAUUCGACGGCUAUCUUUCCGCUUCCUCCUUACCAGAAGCAGCACGACUGCAAGUCGUCAACCGGGACGAAAUUCUGGCUGCUGGCGAGUAUUGGUUUCAUGUCCCC